AUGUUGAUCACAAGAGCAAUUGCACCGUGUAUACGCCCCGCGGUUUGUAGGUAUGCUUGCAGCUUACUGGCGGGUGGAAAAGCAAAUGCAAACGUUCGUCCGGAAUCAAAUAAAUACAACCACGCGCACACGCAUAAGAGAUACGCUGCAACACAGGAAGCACUUACUCUGAAUGUGGCAGAUAAAUGGAAGCCAGAACAGCAAACCGAAAUCCUGCCACUAGACACCGCCUUGAGGUUUCUGAAGGCGUAUGAUAUACCUCUGUGGAGUGGGAAGCCUGCGACGUUAGAG